AUGUCUUCUUCCUCCAACGAACUCAUCCUCACUAGCUCCCCUGACGGGCCAAUCAUGGUCUACGAGACUGUUAGCCGCGCCGCCGUGACACGGUUCUCCAGCAGCCGAUCUCCCUGUCGCGGCCUGACCAUGGUGGGCCGGAGAUUGUUGGCAGCCUCACACGUAUCAUCAGACACGGGUGCAGGCUCCAUCAACAUCUACAAUUGGCAUGGUUCUUCCGUGUUUCGUAACUUCCCCGUGCCAGAGCCCAUUGCCCCUCUCAUUGCAACACCCGAUGGAGCAUUCCUCUUCGGUGGUGGCAUCUCAGGGAGUGUUCUAUCUCUUUCAGGUUCUUCUGGGGAUGUCAUCAGAUCAAUUGUUGUUCAUUCAAGUCCAGUUUCCAGUCUUCAUCUGAGCAACGAUGGGUCACUUGUUAUCUCAGGCAGUGAAGAUGGAACAGUUGUUGUUGUUCCUAGCUUCAAGAUCGUUGCUGAGGGUUCCUUGGAGGAGAAUGUGGAAGACUUGAUCUUGCACAAAUGGAAGGCACAUUCUGAUUCCGUGACUGCUUUGAAGUCAGUGAUGGGUACUUUGGUUUCUUGUUCAUUAGACCGAACAUGCAAGUUUUGGAAUCUGGAAAACUGUGGGGUCCUUAUGCAGAAUGUGACAUUACCUUGUUCCGUUUCUGGGGUUGCCGUAGAUUCAUCGGGGUCAACGUUUUAUGCUGGUGGUGCAGAUGGGUUUGUUUAUAAUGGGCCGGUGAACGUUGAAGGUAGAAAAUUAGUGGGUGAUGAUAAGGGUUGUAAGGUGAGAAAAUGGGGUCAAAAGCAUAGUGGGUGUAUUGUGUCAUUGGCUUUGGUGAAGGAAGAGAGGAAUGUGGUGUCUGCUGCAGAAGAUGGGAGUGUGUGGAUGUGGGAUGUUGAGAAAGGAGAAGUUGUGAUGGUUUUUGGGGAUGAAUUGAUAACUAUUAGUGAGAUGAUUGUGAUAAAGGGAAAUGGUGGUGGGUUUGGAGUUGGAAAGGGAAAUGAUGUUGCAGUUGAUGAAGGGAAUGAUGGAGGGAGCUUCACUUGUUCUAGGUUAUGUGAAGAAGAGAUUCUUAGGACAAUGAAUCAAAUGACAGCCCUUGAGGAGGUCAAGGAUGUUGUAUUACAAGACAGGAAAAAGGCCAUUGAAAUGUUGGAAUCUGUGAUUGAAAUGUAUGAGAGACUUUUGAAGCUUAUCCUUAAGGAAGCUACAAAAGCCAUUGAACAAGAAGAAGAAGAAGAUGAAGAAGACAAAGAUGAUGAACAUGAAGAAGAACACCAGAAUGAUGAUAAGAAGGAAGGAACUAGUACUUUUGGUCCUCAGUGUACUCAAGAAACAUGA